AUGGCUGAGACUAGCAGCCCCCAGUUUGUUCUGGCGAGGUCUGCCAUUUCAUCUACAUCUGGACUCUUGUGUCUUCUCACAGCUCUAGUUUUGGCAAUAAUUUUGUAUGCAUACUUUUAUAGGGCCAGUACAUUUACUAUUAGGCUUGAGAAUAUGAGUACUACAAACUAUAAAUGGUCCGUCAUCUUGAUUUUAAGCAUUCAGUUGAUUGGAGUGGCAAUAGGAACUAUUGCUCCUCUAUUGAGAUGGUUUACUGCUUCGCGGUUCAAGAUUGCUGAGAUGGAGAGAAAGAGCUUUAGAGAUGAACUCAAGGUUCAAAACUACUGGACUUGGAGGCUGGUGCAGUGGAGGGACAGAUCACUUACUAAUUUUCAAGUUCAAAACCGCGUUUGCAAGAAGCUACUUCGUGAUGCUCUAAGAUUUGUUCUGAGUUUCUGCAUUGGGGUUCAGAUUCUCUUUGUUUCAGCUGCCAAACUAGUUCUAUUCCUCUCUGCUAAAUUUGUUGGUGCAGUUUUCUUUUGUUUCUGGAAGAACAAAAGACUGGUUUCAGUGGGAGCACAUGUUGGUUUUAACCAAUAUGUUAUUCUACUUGAAGGUGAGCCACAAUUGCCUUCUAAAAUCCUCAAGAACAUCUGCAACGAGGCGGAUAAGCUGAUAAAAGUAGGCCAAAAAAAUCAGCCCAAGAAUCUGAUCCAACUUCUACAGAAUUCUUCAAACUUCAAUGGUGUAGGACGAUUUGACAGCAGCCAAGUUCCAAGCUUACAUUCUCAAGAACCUCCAAACUGCUGGUCUAUGCCCGUGGUGACUUUGGCAGCCAUUUCAGUUGCUCUUACAAACAUAGCUUAUGAGAAUGCUCCCAAGUUAUUGGUUUGUAUUCGUGAGGGCUUGUCCAUCGUCAAGCUUAUCGAGGAAACUCUCGACAGAAAUGGAGAGUUAGAAAGCAUCAUAAAUGCAGCACAUGUGAUUUGGGAUGAAGUUGACUUGUACAGAAAAUGGAAUGGCAAUGAUUUGAAGAGCACGAGAGAGAGAGGCGCAAUGCAGAAGGAAACACUUCAGAACCUUUCAAAGAUUGCAGAGAAGAAUGUGAGAGAUUUUAUGGCUCAAACGAGAGAUAUUCUAAUGCAGAAUCCUCUAAAUUGGCCUGCUAGAGUUAUAGCUGCUAACUCAACGUACAGGAUUACUCAGACGAUCUUGCUAGGAAUGGGAGAUGGCGAGCUUCAAGAUGAUGGCGAUCUAUGUGAGAGUAUAUCCAUCACCAUCUCGAAUAUUCUAGCAGUGUGCCUCACCAAUCUAGUGCAAGUCAUAACGUUGAAGUGUCACAGAGAGGACAUCACAGAAAGGGAAGAAAGUGUGAGGCGAGCAGCGAUUCUUCUUGGUGAAAGCAAGGAGAUUCUUGAAAUUCUGCAGCAGCGUGAGCUUCCGAGUUUGGAUGUGGAGAAAGCUGCUAAGAUUGACGAGUGGAGGGCAUCCAUGGCACUGGAUAUAUAG